ACAACACCACCUGCCACACCGCCAUCAUCCCUUCUCUCUCUACGAGAAAGAAUCCAAAGGACCGGGGGAAGUAUUUGAAAGUUUGAGGCAUGUGACAGUUUACAAUGAACACGAUGAAAGAGAUAGCCUGAAUACGCCCUCAAGUUGGACUCCGAGCAACCCUGUAGGCCCUACGAAGUUUACGUUGAAUCACACCCAUACAUCAGAUAUGUUGGAGCAGACGGAAAAUUUUUGUUACUUGUGGGUUGUACUCAGUUCAAUUUAUGGGAAGCUUUUAGUUGUACUUAUGAUAGCUUUUAGUUUAGUCGAAGUAAUGGACAAUUCAGUCAAGCUCCUUUCACUACAGGGGAUAUACUUGAUGUACUUGUAUGUCGGAAGCAUUGCUGUAAUUAUUUCAAUUUACAUCUGGGUCCUUGUCGAUAGCUGUUCCACAUUCAAUGGCGAAGUGGAUGAAUCGAUAACUACGAGUGUCAUGGGAGAUGCUGAGAUGGGCAGACUCACUCUCUCAAGGUUUGGGUCCCUUAAAAGAGCUCAUAUUAGUAAAGACGCAACAUCAGCGACAAGUUUUUACUUGAGAAUCGGUGCUCUAGCUUUUGGACUUGGUACUUUAGUGUUCAAUGGACUUGAAAUGGCAAUGCACUCAAUGAUGGAAGGGCCUUGUUUGAAUGACGUUGUUUUUGUUCAUCCUGUCCUUCAUGGGCUAUUCACCUUCUUACAAAUGCAUUUCUUAUUCGUCAAUUCACAGGUAUUGGUAGAAAAAUUUGGCCUGGUUGCCCGAUUCGGCUUCAUGCAUUUAGCCGCGACCAAUUUGGCAUUGUGGAUGAGGUUAGUCAUCUGGGAAAGUGGAAUCGAGUGGACUUAUUUUGUACACCUGGCUCAAGCAGGGACUUUUUCUCAUUCGUCUCAUAUUAUACCGACCCCUCUGCAGUUAAAGGGCUUCCCAAAAUCAUUCACCAGUCAUGCAAGAAGAGAAAGGGCUACAGCUUUUUUUCAUAAUACUUCUUGGGAAAGAGAUUAUUAUCAGCCAAUAUCUGAAGAUCAUAUAUCUCAAGUUGUAGCCCUUCAUAAUUGCCUAAACACCAACACACUCGGACAAUUAUGGACAUCGUCGAUGCCUUUCUUAUACCCUUUUAUUGUGCAGUUCAGUUUAAUUGCUGCUGGUGUCACAUAUGUUAUGGGGCAAAAUGUCGGAAGGGACAGAAUAUCUCAUAUGAAAACGCAUUCCAAAAAAUGCACCACAAAUAAUAAUAUAAUGAUGAAUGGGAAAUUGUGCCAAACGAGCUGCAUUCAUGACGCUCAUCACUAUCGAACCUCGCAGAUUGAUUGUACAGGAGCGAGUAAAGGUUUAUUUUUAGGCCUGCUUUGCCUUGUUGCAUCGAUAGUUGUUAUUAUUAUAUUCCUUGUCGUCAAAGAGGAUGAGGGAUUUCCUGCAGAAACACUUUUUUGGAUAACAUCUGGCACAUUGGGUAUUAUACUUUUCCUCAGCGUGGUUGUUACUGUACCUGGUCUUGUGCAAAUUCGUAAACUGGCACAUACUGGAAAGUCUCCAAUGCUUCUCGAUGGUCUUCUUACCGCAGUCAGUUUAGGAGGUGUUCAACUAUAUUCCAUUUUUGGGAUUGUGGUUGGAGCUAGCAGCAUAUAUGUGGCACCACCACAUAGCAUCGAGCAGAGACAGCACAUAAUGCUUCUCACUCUCAGCACUUUACAGCUCGUGCAGUCAGUGGCUCAAAGCACGCUUAUAGAAGAGGGACUUCGAAGAGGCGCAAUAACCCGAUACCAGCUUCUGACAACUCCUGCUCGCCAGGUGAUUACAUUUCUCCUAUGUAGUAACAUGGCACUUUGGGCUCUCGAUUCUUUUGUGACACAAAGCUGGCUGAGUCAGGAGCUACAGUUGAAAUUUAUGGGAGUCCUUGCAUGGGGCGUGAUUUCAAGAAUCGCUUUGCCUUUGCUUGUUUUUUAUCGAUUUCACUCCAGCGUCCUUUUGUUAGAAAUUUGGCAACAUACAUAUAGCAAGAAACGAAUAGAUGGCUCAAGCUGAAAGAAUCAGACAAUGUUUAUGAAGGAAAGUUUCAUUCACCUCUCGAUGUGCUUUAAUUGUGUAAAUAAUAAAUUAUGGACUAGUGCCAAUUUUACUUAUAUCAGUAGUAUUAUUAUAGUGAUCAUUAGACCAUAUAUUUCAAUGAGUAGUAAAUCUAACGAUAUUUUUGGUCCAUUACUGUGAAUUGUUACGGAAUAUUUUAAUUAAGAGAUUUAAACUUGAACAAUGUGCCAAAUAAGUGUACUUGAAUUCACACUUAACAACAAAACGGCGUUUAAAUCGUAUCAUCAGAAUUUACGCUGUUAAAUAACCUAUUAGUGUAUUAUUUAUUAAGAAAUUUACUGUUUAAAUUACAACUAUUUUCCUGUUAGAAGUAGAAAAUGUCACCAAAAUUGAAUUGUUCAUUCGUAAUUAUCGGUUUAAACAUUGUAACAUGAUUUUUUCAAAACUGUUAAUAUUAAAGUGCUUCAACACCAACAUCACUUUAAACGUAUGUACUUAAACUUACUUCCAAUGGUUUUUCUUUUACUUAAGGUGUCUCUUCUGUUUUUUUAUUACAUUGUAAUUUUAAAUAUAUAAGUUGUUUUCCUUAAACAUAUGUUAAACCAAAACCUAACCUAACCUACACAUCUUAUACCCAAUCCCUAACCCAACCUUACCUAACUCAUAUCAAACCCUUACCCAACCUAACUUUUCUAACCUUAACCUUACCUAACCCAACAUAAAAACAUAUUCGUGAUAAAAAAAGACAGAUAUAAAACAUAAGUUUAUGUAGCAAAAAUGACGGAAAAUCAAAAUGUACACUUCUUAUACCACGUCCCUAACUCUUACCCUACCUAACCUAACCCAUCUCUAACCCUAUCCUAACCUAACUGUUCUAACCCUAACUUGUCCCAACCCUAACACUAACCCUACCCAACCCACGAGCACUCAUCGGUAUCAGGAUAUCGAUGAAACAAAAUUUGUGUAUCCAGCCCAAAAAACAUGAAAUGAUUACUACCUUACAGUAAGAGACUUGUUAUGUUUUUGUACUUAGCCAUGUAUUAAAUCCAACUGUAGUAAGUUUAAGACAAAAAUCUAUCAACAAAUUCAAUUAAAAGAUAAAUUACAAUUGUAAAGUAGUAUGAACAAACAACUAAUGUAGUAGAUUUUACGUAAUUGUAUUAAUUCAACAGUUUGUUUGUUAUACUGUUUUCCAUUUUGCUUUUUUCAUGCUUUGUGUGAUCAACAUUUCAGUGUUGAUAAACCCUAGUAUUAUUAAUAUAACACUAAGAAUAAUGAAUUACUCUUUACUAUUUGUAUCUUUUGUAAUUAUGAUAG